GGACCAUUGAGGUGCGUGAAGCCUACAUUCGACACACUGUUUAAUCAGCAGGUGUCUCGCUUUGAUAAUACUUAAAAGCAAAGUCGGUGCAUCGGUAUCCAGUCUGUAUUCGCCUGCCCCGGUAACCCGAGUACUCUGAAAUAAGAUUGUAAAAGAAAUAGUUAUUACGCCGAUCAUGGCGUCCAUGCAAUUCCUCAUUGUUGCUGCAGUGCUCAUCGGCUGUGCCAACGCUAAAUUUGUCUGGGAACCUGACACCAACGACGAUUUCCCUGCAUUUAAACCAUUUAAAAUGCAAAUGCCUGUGCCGCCCACCCCUCCCCAACUCCCGUUCGCCCCAUUCCCUCCUUUCGAACCCUUCGCUCCUAUCCAACCGAUCCCACCAAUGCAACCAUUCGCUCCUAAUGCUUUUAAUUUCCCGAUGCCCCCUAUAAUAUCCGCUGACGAGAUUAAGAAAGCGAAGCCAGGGCCGAACGGCGUGUACAACGGUGUGAUGGUGUCGUCCAGCAGCAAAUCAUACGUAGACAAGAACGGGAAAGUCGUGAAAGAGGGAGGCACUUCGGUCCUCACCAACCAGGAUGGAAAGGUCCAGGAGUGGAAACACGGCAAUGCACCACCUGAUCUCAACAAACCUAUCCAGUAAAUGCCGAAAUUUGAACCAAUCAAGUUUAAGCCGAUCAAAUUUGAACCAAUCAAAUUCGACCCUAUAGAACCCAUCAACAUCGAAGACAUUAAAAACCAUAAGCCUGGCAAAGGAGAAAGCUAUAGCGGUUAUUCAGUGUCGUCAUCAAAGAGCACAAAAAUUGUCAACGGGAGGGUGGUUGAAGACAAAGGAGCAUCCAGUGUCAUCGCUAACGACAAUGGAAAAGUUGACCAGCAACACGCCGGGUACAACAAAGGUGACAAACGCAGACGCAAUUAAAGGACCGAUAAAUUGAGACACGAGUGGAUGAAAUAUGAAGUACACUGGUGUUGUUGCGUUGAGAUGUUAAAUUACGUACCUACAAAUAUGUUCAAAAAUUUUUA